CGCAUGCGCGCCGCCAUCUUACAAGGAGCGCAAAUUCUGUCAUUCGUUCUUCCCCGCGCCGGGCUGGCUACUGACAGGGUGGGGCGGGGCCGGCCAUGGCGGCGGCGGAGCUCCGCGGGCACGCGGUGCGGAUGUCCAGCCAGGGGUCCCGGCCUGGCGCGGCCCUGGACGGCUCGGCAGAAGCUGCAGGGCUGCCCUCCCGACGGAGCGACGGUGCCGCCCUCCGGCUCGGGGAACGCCUGCCCACUACCAUGGAGAAGCGGGGACCGUACAUGGUGACGCGCGCACCUUCUAUUCAGGCUAAGCUGCAGAAGCACCGGGACCUGGCCAAAGCCGUUCUAAGAAGAAAGGGCGUGCUGGGGGCCUUGCCGAACCGCCCCGACUCUUCAGGGAAAAGGUCAGUGAAGUUUAACAAGGGCUAUACUGCUCUUAGCCAGAGUCCAGAUGAAAACCUGGUGUCCCUUGACUCUGACAGUGAUGGGGAGCUGGAAUCCAGAUACUCCUCCGGGUACUCCUCUGCAGAGCAGGUGACCCAGGACGUGAGCCGGCAGCUGCUGCAGGAUGGAUAUCACCUGGAUGAGAUCCCAGACGAUGAGGACCUGGACCUCAUUCCCCCUAAGCCUGUUGCUUCUUCCACGUGUUCCUGCUGCUGGUGCUGUCUGGGGGAGUCUUCCUGUACCCUGCAGUAGCCAUAACCCUCCAGGACGGGCCAGGUGGCCUUUCACAGCUCAGUGCACUGGGCACUGCUGCCAGCCUAGAACCACUGGAGGCACUGACGGUCUCGGCAGGUCAGUGGCCUGCAGGUAGCCCUCGCCUGGUGCUUCUCAUGUCAGAGGCCCCCAUCUGGGUCAUAGGUGAUAGGUGGAAGCCUGCAGUUCUGUGGUGGAGCACUUUCAAGAAGCCACUUUAAUGCAGGAGGACUUUCUGUGACUCUUAGGAGGACUGCUCAUGAGGAUUGCUCAAGGACUGCUAAGAAACCCAUCUGCAGACAUUCUGACUGGUUUUUUGUCAAGGUGUUCUGAGGGAGGGAAGAGUGAGCUCCUCUGCCCAGGCUUGCGGGUAGAGGGAGGCAGAAAAUAGCACUUUAUGGCUGGCAGUAGGAAUCUGGAAGAGUGUAACUGGGGCUUACUCUGUAUGUUUUUCUUGCCCAGCUCUAGGGGCAGUUAACAGGCCUGGCUGUCCAGAAGCACUAAGUGGCUUGUUUCUUCAGGUUACAGCUGUCUGGUUAAUGGCAAGGAAGACAGCUAAAUGAUGGAGCAGGUCCAUGUCUUUCAGAACCUCUGGACCUGGGACACUUACUGGUCCUGCUGUCUGGAUGGGUUUAGUAACUCUGGUCAGCCCUUCACGAGUUAGAAGAAAACUGCUCUGUCAUGUAUGUUUAUUUAUCAGUAGUUCCUGGGUCUUGGCUAGUUUUUCCACCUGUUUUUGGGUAAAAGUUGGGUUGG